CAACACAGUAGCCAAUUGAAAAGCCGGCAAAAUUUACUCCCACAGACGUUUUCGUAGAUUAUUGAUUAUGACGCUGGUGGGGUUGGCGGCCAGAAAACUCUCCAUCAAGAAGAGAAAUGCCAAGUUAGCGGCAGCAUUUCCGAAUGGGGUGCGUUGUCAAAAAUGUUUGGAAUUUGGCCAUUGGUCCUAUGAAUGUAAGGAGAAACGUAAAUAUGUCCAUCGCACAUCACGGACGAAGCAAUUGAAAAAGAAAUUGCAUGAAAAAACUGCCGAGGGACAGGCGAACGGAUCGGUGUCAACGACCGGGGAGGUGGCCACCAGUGCGGCAAAAAGAAAGAAACACAAGCGACGUAAAUCUUCAUCAAGUUCAUCCAGUGAUUCGUCCUCUAGUUCGGACAGUGAAUCCGAUUCAUCGUCCGAUGGUGAAGAUGGCUCUGGCUCAUCUAGUUCGGGGUCAUCAAGUGAUUCCAGUUCUUCGUCCGACAGUGAAUCGUAUAGUUCAAGUGAAACUGGAGCUUCGGGUAGUUCCAGUUCGGAUAGUUCAUCAAGCAGUUCAGAGGAUGAGGACGAUGACACAGCGCCACCAAAGAAUAAGAAAUCGAAACAUUCAUCGGAUAGUUCUUCAGAGGCAUCAGACGCCGAUGCUGGCGAUCUUUAGGAACGAGUGCUUGAGAGAGAAGAUGGACUAUUAAGGAUGAAUUUAGAUUUGUAAUGAUGGG